CUAGUGGUUAUAGCACAGAAUAGAUGUUUUCAAGAGUAGUGUAUUUUAAAAAUAAUUAUGUUAUUUAUGUUUAUUAUUGUAUUGUGCUUGUGUUUGUCAUUUAGUGAUCAAAAUGGACAAGUUCUAAACCGACCAGAAGGGUCACAAUGCUCCAUCAAUGGUAAGGACGGAAAAUGUACCAGCAUAAGAAACUGCAAAUCAGCUAAACAAGGCUUGCAAAGGAAAAUACACCCUACUAUAUGCAGUUUUGAAGGGAAAAUACCCAUAGUAUGUUGUAAGGAAUGUGAGCAGAGACAAAGCAAAAGGAUUCCAGUAUAUCAGGACAUAGGGUCAAGGUUCAAUGACUCCGACAGUAAAGCCAGAAACAUUUGUUUAAGAUACCUGGCGAAUUUAAGAUACCCUUGCAUUCCAGCCCCAAGGUAUUUGGAAGACGAUGAAAUACAGUCCGAUACGGACUGUGAUCCGCAACCCCAGUAUGACAGCUAUGAUGUGCCAUCGGUACCACAAGUCGUUGGUGGACACGCCGCUGGCCCUCGACAAUACACUCAUAUGAAUUUCGGGCCAAGCUUCUCAACGCCACAAGUCAGUAACGGAUACAUGGCUACGCGUCGACAAUACACUCAUAUGGCUCUGCUGGGGUAUGGUGAGGACUUGGAGACGGCGCAGUGGCUGUGUGGAGGCUCCGUCAUCAGUGAGCGAUACAUCCUCACUGCUGCACACUGUAUAUCCAGUCCUUCAUUAGGUCCCGUGAGAUUCGUAGCCCUGGGCAUAUUGAAGCGUUCGGACCCUGAUUAUUUGUGGCAGAAGUACUACGUGAAGAGGGUGGUACCUCACCCGGAGUACCAGUCGCCCUCCAAGUACCACGACAUCGCGCUGCUCGAGACUGAUACAAGAAUUAAUUUCGACGGCUCCGUGCUGCCCGCCUGUCUCCACUCGGAGCCGAACCCUGCUGCUGCAGCAGAGGCCUCCGGGUGGGGGGCACUCGGUCACCGCCAGGGUUUGGCUGACAAUCUACAGGCUGUGAAACUCAAGAGGUAUGAUGAAGAGACAUGCUCGCAGCUGUAUCCUGCUCACAGACAUCUGGUUUACGGUUUCAACCAUACCACACAAAUGUGCUAUGGAGAUGACACGGAUCCCAAAGAUACUUGCGAGGGUGACAGCGGGGGUCCUCUCCAAAUAGCAAACGAUGUGUUGAGCUGCGCGUACGACAUCAUCGGCGUGACGUCAUACGGGCGUCAGUGUGGCGUCACCGCGGGCUCCGGGAUCUACACCCGGGUGUACCACUACUUACCCUGGAUUGAGAGCAUCGUCUGGCCUUGAAGAACUUUCUCCACUCCAUUUGAGCACAAGACAAGAAAAUUAAUUUAUCUGUCAGAUAAGUUCCUGAUAGUCUAUCAGAGACUUUAUCAGUAACCGGUGAAACUACCUAUAAGUGUAAAAAAUAAAAAUGCCUUCAUAAAUUA